AUGUUCGAAAAGAACAGUUAGCCGAAAAAUGAUAACCCUUUAGUGAGAAGAUCGACUGUUGCCCCAUCUCAACAAAAGAUCUUAGGUGGCUAGAAUACUCUUUAGAAGACAAUAUCUACAAAUCAAAAUACUGAGAUAUCGAGUGGUGCAUCUUUGACUAGCCAAGAGAAGUCUGUUGAGAUUACAAGUAGCAACACUAGCAAUGUGCAAGCAUAAAACACAAUUUCAUCCUAGAUUGAUCAGCCUUAAUAGAAAUCGGUAGAUAACUUAAAGUCAGUCUUCGAAAAGAAGACCUCCGCCCCUCAAUCAAGAAAUCCUGCAGGAGGAUUACCUUAAAGCAAGACAAGUGAUAGUGGAUGGAUUAAACAAAAUACAUUAACGAGUUCCUCUUAGAAUACUUCAUAAAAUGUUGGUGGAGGUGUCAAGGAGAACCCUUUCAAAGCUAAGUUUGAAUAAGAAAAACAAAAGUUACAAUAAGAUGGUCAAUAAUAAGUUCCAAAACCUUUAAACAAUCCUUUCGUGAAAAAUGAUUCAUCAAAAUAGACAGUUGAAAUUACAUCUAAAAAGGAUAAUGUGCCCAUUUAAUCUGUUAAGUAAAAUCAAGAAACUAUAAUUCAAUCUAAGUCAAAGCAAGAAGCAGUAAUCUAAUCACAGCCAAAACCAUUACCAGAAAAUAACUUUUAAAGUUAAUCUACUUCAAAAGUUGAAAGUGUUAUAACAUCAAAAAAAGAAGAGGUUAAACAGGAAAUUACUCAAACGAAUACUGAACAAAAAUAAUAACCUGAUUUAGUGAAAUCAUAAACUUUCGAAGAGAAAAAAAAGGAAGAGCCUAAAAAGCUUAUAGUUAGUGACGUGUUUAAAGCAUAGCCAAAGUAAAACGAAAUGCAAAGAAAAUCAGAUCCUCCUAAGAAACUUGUGAAUCCAUUUGAGAAAACUGUUUCUGGUAAUGCUGAUGCUCUGAAGAAAGAAAAUAAAGAAUCAAUUUUUCAAUCUGUCAAAUAGCAAAUUCCACCUCCUUUGAAACAAGAAACAUCUCCAGCAAAGUAACAGGAAGUCAAGACUUAAGAUAAAAGCUCUCCUACCAAAAAGAAAGGCUUAUUUGAAGAUUCUGAUGAUUCUGAUGAAGAAAAUUAGGAUAAAGUAGAAGAAAUUAAAACUUAAACUAGUACUGUUUCAAAUAAUAAUGCUAAUCCCGCCUUUAAAAAGAGCAAUACCACGGCAUCAUCCAUUAAAUAAUAGAGCGAGCAAAGAUUAUCUCAGCAAGUUGCUUCCACAGGGGAAAGUCAAGAUUUCAAGAAUUCACUUGCGAAUCUUUUGGCAAAAGGAAAUCCACUUAUGCCUGGAGUCGCUAGAAAAUCUACCAUAGUAGGACCAAAGACUAAGGAAAAUCUAGAAGAAGAAAACAAAGAGAAGAUCAAAUUUGAAAUUUUUGAUGAGGAGCCAGGCUUGAAUAAAUAUAAGUCUACAGCCCCAAUCCUUGAUAAUGUAAGUUACUAUAAUUUAGAAUAAAUUGAUUAAUAGGAGGUGAACAUGAUGAAGCCUUAGUUGUUGAAAAACAAAGCUAUGAGUAAGCAAUAUAACUUCGAUGAGUUUGGAUCAGAUGAUGACGAAUGA